AUGGGCGAGAAGGUUCGAGGAAAUGAAUUGGCACAGCACGGUCCUGUUAAAGGACUGGCCCAUUACAGUUCAUGGGUCGGAUGUAGACUGGCCCACAAAAAUAAUUUAUAUGAUCAGAUAUUUAGGCCAAGCAAGUUGCCAACAAAUGCUGAUUUUCACUUGUUCAAAGCUGGAAUAGAGCCCAAAUGGGAAGAUCCUGAGUGUGCUAACGGAGGCAAAUGGACUGUUACUAGCAACAGAAAGGCUAAUCUUGACGACAUGUGGCUUGAAACUUUGUUGGCUUUGGUUGGGGAACAAUUUGACGAAGCUGAUGAGAUCUGUGGAGUGGUCGCCAGUGUCCGCCAAAGGCAAGACAAACUUUCUUUGUGGACUAAGAAUGCAGCAAAUGAAGCAGCACAGAUGGGCAUUGGGAGGAAGUGGAAAGAGAUCCUUGAUGUCACUGAUAAGAUAUCUUACGGCUUCCAUGAUGAUUCUAGAAAGGAAAGAUCAGCAGUAAAAGGUGGUCGAUAUAGCGUGUGA